AUGUCUGAAGAAACAGAUUGGAACUCUGGCCUUUUCAACUGCUGGGAUGACAAAAAAACUUGCUGCUAUGGUUUCUGGUGUUGGCCCUGUCUUGCCUGCACCGUCUCAGAAAAACUUGACCAGAACCGCUGGCUCCCAAUUUGUGACAUAUGCAGCCCUGCCAUGAUGUCUUCAUUUGGGAUACCUCUGUUUGUGGCCCCUGCAGCCUUAGCCCUGAGAGUCAGCAUUCGGCAGAAAUACAAAAUUAAGGGUUCUCUCUUUAAGGACAUCGCAACUUCCUGUGCCUGUGUGUUGUGCUCCUGGUGCCAGUUGCAUCGGGAGCUAAAGGUUCGCAAGCCCGACGCUGCUGUUGUCAACAUGCAGCCUACCAGGCGAUGA